AACGUGAGCGAUAAAAUAAAACGGAGGAAAGAAGGCACGGCACACGGAACGGAAGACGGUCGAAACAUCUUGUUUGGACACCCUCACCUGAACGGUGCUCGUCGAGCUCUAUUUGUGACGUUAUUCGCGAGCAGUUUCUGUUUCGUUCAAAGUCAAUUUGCAGCAUGUGACUAUGUUAAAUCUUUACAAGCAGAUGAAGUAUUCUACAUUCAAUCACCGGGUUAUGGCAGCUACUACAAACCGAAGACCAACUGUCGCUGGCGACUGUCUGCCCCUGUUGGAUAUUUCGUCUACCUGAAUUGUUACGAUGUGGUUCUUCCAGCGAGCACCAACUGUGCGGCGGAUCGGAUUGAAGUUUCACUUGUCGGAAAUAUCCUCUUAGCUGGUGCAUCACGACAUUGCGGUCAAUCAACCUUCAUCCUACAAUCAACGGCAAAUAAAAUGUCUCUGGCUUUGAGAUCGACAGCCACUUCCAGUGGCGGUCGAUUCCGGUGUCAAACUGUGGCGAGAAAACCUUCUUGCGACUGCGGUCGUCGCCGGACGGUCAAAAUUGUAAACGGCACACCAACACUGGCCAAUGAGUUCCCCAUGAUGGCUGGUUUAGUGAGUACAGCUGAAAGAAACGUUUUCUGUGGCGCAACGAUAAUUUCCAACCGACACGCUGUUACGGCUGCACAUUGUUUGAAAGGGCGAAAAAUAUCCGCGACGGCACUGUUGGUCGGAGAUCAUGAUCUAUCGACCGGGACGGACAGUCCGUAUGCGAAACUGAUGGUUAUUAGUACCUUUACGAUUCACACCGGCUACCGGGCACAGCCGUCCACAAAUGACAUCGCGUUGGUUCGAACUCAGGAAGAAAUCCAAUUUAACAACGGUGUCGGCCCGGCUUGUUUGCCCUGGAAAUGGCCGACGGUUACGUUUGACAAUAUGGCCGUGGAAGCUGCCGGCUGGGGGACGCUAGACUUUGGUGGACCGCUGUCGAAUGUGCUGCGGAAGGUUAGCUUGAACGUUGUUAGUUACGAAACGUGUCGCCAGCAGAUGAGCAGUUCCGCAAUUACUCCGAAUCAUCUCUGUACCUAUGCCAACCAGCGCGAUGCGUGCCAAUAUGAUUCCGGGGGUCCAGUCCUGUACACGAACCCGAACGAUGGGAUUGUGUAUAAUAUCGGGGUUAUCAACUAUGGAAUCGCCUGUGCCGGUAAUACUCCGGGUGUAAAUACUCGUGUUACGUCAUAUUUAAAAUGGAUCAAGUCAAAUACAGCGGGGAUAACUUACUGCGAAAAGUAAGCAAUAAACUUGAAUGAUUUAUAGUUUGAAGCAAAGCGCAACCUACGUGUUUUCGAAAAGAAUUGUUUCUAUCAACUAGUCUAGACUAGUUAGUAUUACAUGAUACAGUUCCAUCAAGUUUGAGUCAAAGUAAUCCGCUUCAAUUCCUUAACUCGACUGACGAAUUGGUUCAUCGAGGGACACAAUCGUUGUCAUAUUGUUUUUAAUAUUUACUCUUACUACUAUGUGAUGUCAUGUAGUAAAUUUCAUUUAAAUUUAAUGUAUGGGUCAUUCCACGGGAA